GAGCCAAACAAAAAGAGCCUCGCGAGACUCAAAGUGCGGACAUUAUUUAAUUAAUCCUCCGCUUCGUCGCUGCGGCUAAUGUAAAAUAAAAUGUCUUGUCGUGGAAACUUGGCCCUUUUUAGUGGAUUUCUGUGUAUUGUUUUUGUUUCGGCACUACAAUGUGAUGAAAGUCGGUGCAAGGGGCCGAUAAGGUUUUACAAGGAGCUAAAAUGCAAAGCAAUUUACGCAAAAAAAUGGGAUUGCUGUCCAAAAAGAUACGACUGUACGCAUUUGAAAGGCAGAUCAGCGGACUUUUGCUACGUAAACGGUAAAAAAUAUGAUGUUACCAGUAUGUAUCCCACAUUGGCUGUAUUAGAUCGUUCGGGACCAUGUGACGAAAACUGUAUCUGCGUGAGGGACCCCAAAGGCUAUGCUAUGAUUUCCUGCCUUCCCCCUCAAUGUCCGCAUAUCCACGUCAAAGACGGGUGUUUUCUCAAGCCACGAUUUGACUCUUGCUGUGGCGAAGUCAAAUCAUUUAUUCGAAUCGAAGAAACACGAACAUGCGGUUUCUAUGGAACUAUAUUUAAAUAUGGAGAAGUAUUCAAGCCAUCGGACGACUACGCUUGCCAGUGUUCAGAGACAAAAACUGAAUGGGGAGUACCUCCCAUGGAAAUUCGUGAAAACUGUCCUCCAGUAUAUCUUGCGGGUCAUUCACCGUACGAUUCUUGCGCCUUUGAUUAUAGAUGUCAAAACGUCAACGACACCGUUAUUCGCUCCUCGAUGGCUACGGGAGAAUCUUUGGCAGUACCUGACAACAUGAAAUGCAAAUUCGGAAAUAUGACAUUAAACGUCGGCGACGAGAUAAAUGAAGGAACUGAUUACAAUUCCGAGCACGUCGGGUGCGUGUGCGAGGUGCCUCCAGUACUUACAUGCCAGAAACGUCAAUAUAAAGGAGAUACGUUCGGAAGCUGUGUAAACGCAUGACGCUAACUAACAAUGUGACAGUCAACGAGGUAAACAUAUCAAUCUAAUGGAAGUCGAUUUGAUAGUAUUGAAUGUUUGAUUGUCGGACAAAAAGUUACCUGUUUUGCCAAUAGUUGCCGACAUACCAACCUGAGUUAUAUCCUGACGAUUGAUAUAUUGUGUUGAAUGGCUCUGCUGUUUCUACAGCUGCAAUGUAUACACUGUAAAACUAUUAUUUUUAAAGUGCAUGUAUUUUCGUAUAUAUGUAUGUAUGUUCAACCUUAAGCUCUUCAAAUUAAUGCCAAUCGUGUGACUUCUGAAUUGUUAUAACCCUCAUAAUCCUGUAACUCCAGCCACAUAUUCAUCUUCUAAAAAAGUUUGACCUGACCGGGAGUUGAACCUGUAUCCACUAUAGAGCAGUCAUAUUACGUCUGAUCAGUUUCUAUCUAACUAACCUACAACUACUCCUACCUGAGCUAAAAAUUAUGCUGUACGACUAAAUGUAAAUUAACAUUCAUAAAUAUAAAUAAUGUUCAACUAACUGUACCUUAGGUUAUAUAUUAAAUGAUGCAUGUGUAUCAGGCUUAUGGAGGUAACGGCUCUAGGGUUAUAGGGGAAAUACAGUGUUGUGUAAUAAGAGGCUAUGGGGUUGCAAGGUUUUGUGAUUACUGGAUCGGAGGUUAUACUGUAUUGGAGUUAAUGAGCUUAUGCUAUAAGAUCACUUAAGGUUAUAAUAGCUUGAAAUUUUAAUUUCGAGCAUAUUUGGGAGUCUUUACAAUAAUUAAGAUCCAUGGUCUAGGAUACAAGUGUAGUUAAAUUUAUCGAUGAUGACGUUUGCUAUGUAUGUGUCCGAAAUUCGACUAAAUUAAUGUUGAUAAAACGACUGCUCUUCCAAACAAUUUUUUGUUUACUCACCUCUAAUUAAACUACUUUAAUUUGUUCUGAUUACAAAUAUAAUCAACUAUUACAGCUAUAUUAGUCAUAUAAAAUAGGAGAAAAUAAGUUGUUUGGGUCGGACGGCGUUUUCUAUUCAUCAGAGAUCUGGCUCAGAUGAGCAGAUUGAUUUGUUUGCGUAAGUUUAAGAGUUAUGUGCGAGACUUAUAAUAGCAUGUAUGAUAUUUUGGUGAUACAACGAUUAACAAUUAUUACAAAAAAAAUUUUUUAUUGAGAAAUUAA